GUACCAGCACCUCGACUUCUCUCCCUGGGACACUGUCCAAACUCCGAAGGCCAUAGGCCAAGCUGAGAGAUGGGUGCUGAGGAGGAGGUGCUGGUCACACUGUCUGGGGGAGCCCCCUGGGGCUUCCGACUUCAGGGGGGGGCCGAGCAGAGGAAACCUUUACAGGUAUCCAAGAUCCGAAGACGGAGCCAGGCUGGCAGAGCAGGACUCAGGGAAAGGGAUCAGCUUUUGGCCGUCAAUGGGGUUUCCUGCACCAGCCUCUCUCAUGCCAGAGCCAUGAGCCUCAUCGAUGACUCAGGGAAUCAGCUUGUCCUCACCGUGCGGCGGGUAGAGGACGAGGGGCCUGUGCGAUCUUCAUCCCCUGGUGAGCUUCAGGCACUGUCACCCUUGUCUCCGCUGAGUCCUGAGCCCCCUGGUGCUCCAGUUCCCCAGCCUCUCCAGCCUGGGAGCCUCCUCUCUCCCCCUGACAGUGAGGCUUACUAUGGAGAGACAGACAGUGAUGCUGAUGGCCCAGCCACCCAGGAAAAGCCCCGCCGACCCCGCCGCCGAGGCCCAACAAGGCCCACCCCUCCAGGAGCCCCACCUGAUGAGGUCUACCUGUCUGACAGCCCCGCAGAGCCAGCACCUGGUGUCCUUGGCCCUCCCAGCCAGGAUGACAGCCGUGUGAGCUCCCCAUCUUGGGAGGACGGGACAACCCUUCAGCCACCCCCGGCUGAGGCCCUGCUGUUGCCCCAUGGCCCCCUCCGGCCUGGCCCUCAUCUCAUCCCUAUGGUGGGGCCUGUUCCCCACCCAGUGGCAGAAGAUCUGACUACCACCUAUACUCAGAAGGCCAAACAAGCCAAACUGCAAAGGGCAGAGAGCCUCCAAGAGAGAAGUGUGAAGGAGGCCAAGACCAAAUGCCGGACGAUUGCAUCCCUGCUAACUGCAGCCCCCAACCCCCACUCGAAGGGGGUACUGAUGUUUAAGAAACGUCGGCAGAGAGCCAAGAAGUACACCCUAGUGAGCUUUGGGGCUGCCGCAGGGACAGGCCCUGGGGAGCAGGACGGCGUCCCUCCGACUAGUGAGUCCGAGCUGGACGAAGAGGCCUUCUCCGACGCCCGCAGCCUCACCAACCAGUCUGACUGGGACAGCCCCUACCUGGACAUGGAGCUAGCCAGGCCGAGCUCAGGCGCAGCAGAGGGCCAGGGCCCGGGGCUGGGAGGGCAGCUGAGUGAGGCCUCUGGGCGAGGGGCCCAACUCUUUGAACAGCAGCGCCAGCGCGCAGACUCCAGCACUCAGGAGCCGGCCGGGGAUGGUCCAGCCGCCACGCUCAACGGGCAGGGCCUGCAGUCACCACCUCGGGCACAAAGCGCUCCGCCAGAGGCGGCUGUGCUCCCAUCCAGCCCUUCGCCGGCCCCUGCAGCCAGCCCCAGACCUUUCCUCCCUAGCAGUGGAGCCUCUACCCCAGCUCCAAGCAUCUUUAACCGGUCAGCCAGGCCGUUUACUCCGGGCUUACAAGGGCAGCGGCCAGGUACCACCUCGGUUAUUUUCCGGCCCCUGGCUCCCAAGAGGGCAAACGAGAGCCUGGGAGGCCUCAGCGCCGUCCCACCGCCUUUCCUGUCCUCUCCGCAGGGGACCACUCCUCUGCCCAGCUUCUCUUCAGGGGUUCCCAGCCACGUGUCAACCCCCGGUUCCCCCAGCACCCCACGCUCCUCCGGCCCCGUGACGGCCACCAGCUCCCUAUACAUCCCAGCCCCCAAUCGUCCUGUUACGCCAGGCGGAGCCCCAGAGCCCCCCGCCCCCGCUAGCGGAGCUGCAAUGACCUCCACCGCUUCUAUCUUCCUAUCGGCGCCUCUGCGACCUGCUGCACGCCCAGAGGCCCCCGCCCCUGGCCCCGCAGCCCCUGAGCCCUCCAGCGCUCGGGAGAAGCGCAUCUCCGUGCCAGCUGCUCGCACCGGCAUCCUCCAGGAGGCCCGGCGUCGGGGGACCCGAAAGCAGAUGUUCCGGCCGGGAAAUGAGGAGACGAAGAACUCGCCCAACCCGGAGCUGCUAUCGUUGGUGCAGAACCUGGAUGAAAAACCCCGGGCUGGGGGUGCGGAAUCUUGUCCAGAGGAGGACGCCCUGAGCCUCGGGGCUGAAGCCUGCAACUUCAUGCAGCCACCAGGGGGCAGGAGUUACAAGACUUUGCCUCACGUGACAGCUAAAACCCCGCCUCCAAUGGCUCCCAAGACCCCACCCCCUACGACUCCUAAGACUCCACCCCCAGUGGCUCCCAAGCCCCCUUCUCGAGGGUUCCUCGAUGGGUUAGUGAAUGGGGCGGCCCCUUCAGCUGGAAUCCCUGAACCACCAAGGCUUCAAGGCAGGGGUGGGGAGCUGUUUGCCAAGCGUCAGAGCCGAGCGGACAGGUAUGUGGUGGAAGCACCUGGUCCUGGCCUUGGCCCUCGGCCCAGAAGCCCUUCUCCUACCCCCUCCCUGCCCCCUUCCUGGAAAUAUUCACCCAAUAUCCGUGCCCCACCUCCAAUUGCUUACAACCCACUGCUCUCACCCUUUUUUCCCCAAGCUGCCCGAAAUCUCCCUAGUAAGAUCCAAUCCCAAGGGCCUCGGGCAGCCCCCAAGCAGGGCAUUAAGGCUUUGGAUUUCAUGCGGCACCAGCCCUACCAACUUAAAAGUGCCAUGUUCUGUUUUGAUGAGGUUCCCCCGACUCCUGGACCCACCUCCUCAGUGCCUCCCAAAACUGCCCGAGUCCAGGAGAUCCGCCGAUUUUCGACUCCAGUGCCCCAGCCCACUGCAGAGCCCCUGGCACCCACUGUGCUUGCCCCACGAGCAGCCACUACAUUGGAUGAGCCCAUCUGGAGGGCAGAACUGGCCUCAGCCCUUGUCCUUAGCCCAGCCCCUCCUCCAGAGUCUCCCAGGAGUCUUGGGACCUCCCCCAGCUCCUGUGGCUUCCAGGUAGCCAGGCCCCGUUUCUCAGCUACUAGAACAGGAUUGCAGGCUCAUGUGUGGAGGCCUGGGGCGGGCCACCACUGAACAGGGCACAGCUCCCAGGACCAAGGGGAGGUGGAACAGCUAGUUCCUAAAGUUGCUUCUACCCAACCCGCCCGCCCCCGCCCCCACCCCCUCUCCUUUGCAGGCUAAAUUCCCUCCUGCCAGAGAAAGUUUUGGAGUUGGUGUCCCAUCUCCCAGCUUCCUCCUGACUCCUAACCUCCCUGCUGCUUUCCAACCUAUAAUACUAUCUUUGCUUUGGUGUCUGCUUCUCUUUGUAGUUCCUUGCCUGGAUCUCUGUCUUUAACUCUGUCUCUUCACCUACACUCCUCCACUGGUCUCCAUUUCUCUACAUUUGUGCUUUUUUCUGUGGGCUUUGUUUUAACAGUCAAUGAGAAAGACAGAGAAGUUACCACUGAGACCUCAGGCAAGAAGCUCACCACCAGACAGGCAGC